AUGGAAUCAACGGGAAACUUCACUCUUGCUUCAAGAAGCCGUCAACACCUCCCUGCCAACCCGCCGUCUGAGAUGUCCUCGCCGUCGAUGUCGCCUAUGGACAAGAAGAAGGAAUCGUCGAAGGAUAAAAGGAAAGAACCUUUUGUCAUGAUAACCGCGAUAAUAGUGUUAUUCGAAAGCCGAUUCUUCAUAGUCUGCGAAUUUCGUGGUAAACACUAUUGGUCAAUGAUUCGAAGGAAAUGGAUAGUUUCUCUUUACAUGACUGUCAUCCUUUAUGUACUACCCUUCAAAUACUUGUGUCCCGAUCAGGAACCGGCUAAGCAACGUGUUUUUCAGCGACUACCAUGUCUCCCUUCUUACAUCUACAAUGCUCCUAUAUUAGUACUGGUCGAGGACAUCACCUACCAUCUCACUGUAAUUAUAGUAUGGCUACUUAUCUGUUUCAGUGGACUCAUUGCUCUGUUAGUCUACAUUUAUUGGAAUACUGCAAAACUACUGAAGAACCAUCGGAUGUCCCCUCAAACCUAUCAAAUUCAUAGAAUCUUUAUGUCGGCAUUAGUGAUUCAAUUGGUUAUCCCAUUUUGUACUAUCAUCGGCCCAGCUAUCACCGUACUGUCCUCAAUUAUCACUAAUUACUAUAAUCAAGGAAUGAUUAAUUUCGCUAUACUGUCUAUAACGUUGCAUGGAUCAGUGACUACUAUAGCAAUGCUUGCUGUUCAUAAACCGUAUCAAUUGGCAAUUAAGGAAAUGUUUCGAAAUUUUUCAUUACAAUCGACGGAAGUGUCUCGGAGGGAAAUGUAUGCAAAUCACGUUGUGCGGAUGCAGUCUGCUACACAAUAA